AUGCCAACUGAACCCAGUCAGAGUCAGUCGCCUCCGAUAAUGGAACACCAACACACCAACUAUCCCGGCGAAAUCGAGCAUGCAGUAAAUGAGCUGAUUGCUGCCUACACUGAUGCCGAAAUCGCCUACCUGACGGCGGGCGCUAAUGCAGCCUGCGAGAAGAUUGGUCAUCUGCCCAACCUGACGCGAUACCUGCGUGCACGGGCCCACGUAAUUUUCUUCCGUCGGGCUGCUCUGAUAAACUUCCAAACCCGUCGUGGAGCCGCGGUGGAGAUGUUUGCUCCUACGAAUGCUUCCAGCCACAAGAAGCCUGUGGAAUCCGUGAAGGAGUUGAUAGAGCAGGUGUUAAAGGAGCUGAUCGAAGUGGAGCGUCGCCUGGAGGAGGGCUGGAAGAAGCUGGCAGAUAUGGCCCAGAAGCGUGGUGAUCAAGUGACUGUCACCUUUGCUGAGAAACACCAUGUUAAGAAGUCCGACAAGGUUGUGCCCCAAGCAACACACAUCUACAAUACCUUCCACCAAGCUGAAUGUCCCUUCACCUACGACUCGUUGGCAAUGAAGGAGGAGGCUGAGGAGCAGGAGGAACGCGCCAAACGUGUCAUGUGCAUGGAGUGUGGCUCCAAGAAGUCGGCAUCUUCGAAAUGCUAA